GUUGCGCACUGACCAGACCACAGGCAGUGAAAUGUCUGGGCUGAUGGCGCUGUUCAACUCGACGACGGCGAGAUUCCCUCCAGCGAUGUCGAUGUCGAUGAACCCGCGAGACAGGCCAUCCGAUCCUCUGUCACGUCUCCGCUUUGCACUCGAAACAAUGCCAGGCUCACGCAAAUACGUCUUCACUCCAGCCACGCGUGCAGAGAUUCUGUCUGAGCUCUACGAUGCAUUCUGGGGGCAAUACGCUCACAUGUUCCUGCCUCUGUCUAACUCGAGUCUCCCAAUGCAUGCCACCCUCAGCCAAGUGCAGGCCGAGCUCGGGUUUGCAGGUGCAGGCGCAGCAGAGGAUCCUGUCAUACCAGGUCGACCGUGUGGGCACAUCUUCACAAAGGGAGAGAGCUGCUUCCGGUGCAAGGACUGUGCGCUCGACGAGAGUUGUGUUCUCUGCAACCGUUGCUUCCGCGCAAGCAGUCACGAGAACCAUAACGUCAGUUUCUUCAUAGCACAACAGUCCGGAGGAUGUUGCGACUGCGGUGACCCAGAAGCAUGGAGACAAUCUCUACAAUGUCCAUAUCACCCCGUCCUCCAGGAAGCAGAGGAGCUCUCCCAUGCUGCCCUCAACACUCCAGAUACUACUCCCAGAACCGCACCACGCUCCAUAUCAGAAGCUGAAAUCCCUCCCGUCCCUAACUUUCCCUUCCGAGCACCUUGUCCUCCCGAACUGCGUGACAUCAUGGGCAGGACAAUCGGCUAUGCGCUGGACUUCCUCCUCGACACCCUCGACUAUUCACCGGACGAGCCGACCAUACCUGACAACGAAGCCGACCUCCGCCUACAGCCCUCUGCAGACCCGAUGCAAAAAGACCAGUAUUGCGUCAUCUUGUGGAACGAUGACAAACACUCGUUCGACGAGGUAAUACAGCUUCUCUGUGACACCACUAACCGCGAUCGCAAGGAUGCAACGGCUAUUGCUCAUACCGUCGACGAACAUGGUCGCGAGAUCAUCGACAUGAAUGCAAACGCCGGUCGUCUCCUCGAGAUCGCCCUGAUUAUAUCCAAGAUUGAACUUGGAGUCACCGUCCGCAGAGCAUACGACACCUUUCGCGAACAGGUCGCCAUGGUCAUCAUCGAAUGGCUCGUAGAUCUCACCCGCAGUCGUCUCGGAGCCGACACCCUCGUCACAAGAGAGGUCAUCGCAGCCGAAUUGUUGUCUCCUAGACGUCGAGAGAGCAACAUAUAUGGCUCUGGCCCUCAGAUCCCUGACUUGUCAGCUGACGUUCCUGGUGCAGCGAGAAUCGACUGGUUGUUUCUGUAUCACACCAGGCUUUGGAAGAAGCCACGGAUGUGUCUCAAGGAAAUAUACGCAUCUAUCUUGACACUCUCGCACCCCCACAAGAUAGCCGUUGGCAGUCACUUUGCCGCCGUCUAUCAUCGCGUCAUAGAUGCAUAUCUCUUGGUAGAUCGAGAGGCAGAGACGUCUAUCAAGUAUUUUGCCUUGCAGCUCUUCACGGUGCCUUCAGUCGCAAGCUACGUCGUGCGACACCAUGACCUUGUCACACGACUCCUGAACAUCAUCAUCAAUUUCUUUACAAACCAAAUUGCCGAGAAGCGCAUCCUGAAGAACACCACUGCAUCUACCGAUGCCGGAGAGCUGGACGUCGAGAGUUUCCCAUUCAAAUCGAAGCGUUUCAUGCCAGUGUUCAGCGACCUUCGUUACCUCUGCCACAACCAACCCGUGCAACGGCUCAUUGCAAGUAACGUAUCCUUCAUACACAAAUUCGCCAAGGUCUGCCAGCUGUUCAUGUGUGUUCAUCCCAAUAAGCGUGCGGCGACCAGCCACGUAGAGUACGAGACGGAUGCAUGGAUCAGUGUCUUCAACGUAACGUUGUCCUUGUCCCGGGUCAUCAAGGUGUACGGCGAAGCAUUUGCAUGGGCCACCCCGUCACAACUUAUAAAUGCUAUCACUACCGUGGUGCUCGAGAUCAUUACGGUAUGUACGUUGAGCAACGACAAGCUCGACAAGAACAAGUUCUCGGCUCCUGCAUUCCAUUCUGUCGUCUUUGGUGACGCCGAGUACACGAUCAUCGAGUUCGAUGUACUGGAGGAAUGGGUCAGUUUCCACCACUCGUUGCACUGGCUCUUGGCGGAGCUGCUCAAACAUGUCGAUAUCCUUUCGGAGGAGUCGUUAUUGCAAGUUGGUGUUGCGAGCGUCAGGGAUCUCUUUAUGCGAAUAUCAACGGAGCCGAUGAUUUUGACCAUGAUUGAUUUUCCGCUGCGAGUCCUCUCGAUGGUGGCCCAGAUUCGCUCGGGUCUUUGGGUACGCAACGGUUUCCCGAUACGCGGACAACUUCUGCACUAUCGCGAUUUCAUGCUUCGCGAGCUCUGCUACGAUCAAGACUUGUUCAUCCUCCAGACGUCUCUCAUCAUUUUGGAUCCCAACACCGUCUUCGUCAGCAUUCUGGACCGUUUUGGGCUUCUCCAGUUCUUCUGUGGCUCCGUCGUCCACCCCGUCUAUGAGGGUGUACAGUUAUCUAGUAUGGUCGAGGAAGUACUCUACGUCAUCAUCACUCUCCUCACCGAGAAAGCGAGUGCAUCGAAAAUGCCACUCCCCGCGGCUGUUCGUCGUGAAAUCAUUCACGCUCUCGCGCCCGGCCCCUGUUCGUACACAGACCUCGUGAAGCGCGUCGCAGAGCGCUUCGUAGAUGAUGUCUGUUUUGAACACGUCCUGGCCGAUGUGGCACACUUCCGAGCCCCUGAAUCUACCUCGGACACGGGCACAUAUGAAUUGAGGGAUGAGUUAUAUGCCGAGGUCAACCCGUUCUAUUACCACUAUGCACGUAAUCGACGGGAAGAAGUUGAGGGUGCCCUUCGCGCAUGGUUGAAGAAAAAGACAGGCGAGACAGACCCCGUCGUCCUGCCUAAGCCGAUCGGGAUCGAACAUGGCCCGUUCUCUAUCCUUCCAUCGUUGCUCGAGUCCGAGGUUCUUUUGCAGGUCAUGUUCUAUGCGAUCUACAAUAUUCUUGCGCUUACUGAGGCCGCGGGGAUGACACCCCCUUCGUCCGAGGCUAUCCUCGACCAAGCGUUCUAUCUUAUCAUGCUUGCACUCGUGGAGCGCGCUUCGGUUUUCAGUCAUCUGGCAGCGAUCAAGACGUUUGGUGAUGAUCACAAGAAUCUCAUCGAUGUGAUAUGUGCGAUGGAGCACAAUGAGCAUUUCAAGCCAUAUAUGACCCGAAUAGGUUGGAUUCUUGGGGAGAUCUCAAAGUUUGUUCCGGAAGAGGUGCAAGCGCGGCGGAAAGUUGUGGAUGUGCCGGGGCCGGGUGCAGAUGCGGAAAGUCUGCGAAAGCGCGCUGCGAAGGCCCGCCAGCAAGCGAUCAUGGCGCAGAUGAAGGCGCAGCAGGCAAGCUUUGCUAUCAACUUUGAGGACGAAGACGACGAGGAUGAUGAAGAUGCCGCUACGUCGCCGGAGGAAAACGUAUCGUAUGGGUCUUGCAUCGUGUGUCAAGAGGACCUCAACGAGAAUCAACCCUUCGGAAUGUUGGGCUUUAUCCAACCGAGUCGACUGCUGCGGAAGCACCCUGACGGCCACAGCGCCUACUUGAGUGAGCUUAUGUCGAUGCCUUCGUCACUGGACCGGACGAAUCAACCCGCCCACCCAUCUACGUUCCCACCCGUUGGCCCAGACAUGUACGAAGACGUCACGCAUUUCCCGCCCAACUUUGGUGGUUUUCCAUCGCUGUAUACGCGUUUUGGUAUACACACGUCUAUGUGCGGUCAUAUGAUGCAUAUGGAGUGUUUUUCGACAUACAAUGUAUCCAUUCGACAACGGCAUCGCGCCUAUAUGAUGCGAAACCAUCCAGAGAACAUACUUCGCAAGGAGUUCAUAUGCCCGCUGUGUAAGAGUCUAGGGAACGUCAUUCUUCCCAUAUCCAGGCCGUCCACGACGCCACUCAGCAGUGUCCCCUUCCACGACUGGAUCCGAGCUGCUGGUAUAUCCCUUCUCAAGUCCAAACCGGACCCUCUUAUGGAUUCCCUCCAAUUCAGGAACGGCACGGGCGAGUUCGUCUUCUGGAGCGUUCAAGACCCCAACUAUAUGAAUCACCUGCGACGCCCGGAAGUGAUGGAGGCUCACAAGAUGCUUGAAAGUUUUAUGAGCGUAGUUAGGACUAUAUCUCAGCAGACGCGGCACCUCCGAGAUCGACCGGAGCCAGAACAGGGAGAACGAGGCGCGGGGAUCUAUAUCCCUGAAGAAGUGAUUGGGUACACGAUUUCCUCUAUUGAGGUUGCCGCUCGUGGUACCACGGGUUCUUCUGCCGGCACCGGUACCAUCGCCGAUAGCUUGUCUGAGACGCAGCAACGAAUGAUUCGCGCGUUACUUGGUUGUCUUUCUGCCAUUGCACGGUUGGAGUUGGAGGCAAGGCCAGAUGGUGGUAGGGAAUUGGUGAAGCAAACUAUUGUUAAGCGGCUGCUGCCUGAAUGGAGCCGCACGUCGCUCACGUCGUUCUCGUAUCCCUUCCUUCUUCGCGACCCGCUCAGCGUUCUCGUGGAGACCGCGGCAGUCGCACCGGAAAUGCUUCAGCACGUGCUCAUUCUAUGCUACUAUGCCUGCUUAGCGCGCACUGUCGUCGGCAUGGUAUACGUACUCAACAAGGCGAGGUCGUGCAAUGGUCUUCAGCCGGUCGUUCGCAGCCACCCGGAGCUAUUUGGCGAUGUCAAGAUGUUCUUUAUGUCCGUUGUACGGCACUCACCGAUUUUCGAACAUACCGCCACCCACGUGUUGGAGACGUUUGGAGAGGGACGUAUCGAGAAGACGCUUUAUGCGUUUACACUUCCGUUCCUUCGUCGGGCAGCGAUCCUGUGUCGUUCGGUUCUCCCGAAUGCAUUCUCUUCGUCGUCGUCCCACUCCUCCCACCAAGACAACGAGUAUAAGCGUCUCUUGUCGUUCCUCAACAUCCCACCCUUGUCAGACCUGCCCAACCAAGACACGCUCCAAAACGCACUGUCAGGGUGGUGCGCACACUAUGGCCACUCGCACGCAGCGUCGCAGCUCAACUGCGGUGUCGUCCUUGACUACCCAGCGGUGUACCGUAUGGCGCGUCUCCCUGUCGUACUCGAUAAUCUGUUCAAUGGACGCGAGAAGGUUAUGAGGUGUGCGCGGUGUAAUACUGUCCCCGUCGAUGCCGCGAUAUGUUUGAUUUGUGGGGUGACGUGCUGUAUGUUGAGUAAUUGUUGCAUGGAUAUUGAAUCGGGCGGACGAGGGGAGUGUAAUAUGCACACGCGAGAAUGUGGUGGAGCUAUCGGUCUAUAUUUUGUGGUGAAAAGAUGCUCGGUGCUUUAUCUCUACGCGAACAACGGGUCGUUUGGGCAGUCCCCGUAUUUGGAUGUUCAUGGCGAAGUCGAUAUUUCUAUGAGGCGAGGAAGACGACAAUACAUCCACUGGCUGAGGUGGGAAGAAAUACGUAAAACGUGGCUUAAUCACGGCAUUCCUACCACCAUUGCCCGCAAGUUGGAGAGCACCGUAGACAAUGGUGGCUGGGAGACGCUCUGAGAUAACAACUGUUUGUAAUUAGAUGUUUGUUUG